GGGAAGUCCAACCACUUCUGUACUGGAACCAAUGCAAGAAUAUGCAGCUCCAUAACAAAGCCCGUAUGGAAUCCUGAGAGCAGCGGAGGAAGCGCGCGUCCGUGGGGGCUGUUUUAAUUGUUUUCUUUAAAAAGAAAGAAAGAACAAAAAAAACGUGAAAAAAAAAGAACCCACAAAACAGGAUCUAAGUUGGAGGUUUGCAUUGUUUGGCCAACACGUGCGUACCACCAAUGCAUUUGCACUCUCCGUGUAGAGCGAGUGAGUGAGUCUGCUUCGCAUCCUGGUGCCGGGCUCUGAAGGAAGGACUGCGCAUCAGCGGAGUUGGUGCCGAAGUACGAAUUGCGAAGAGAAGAGAAGAGAAGAGAAGAGUGCACCGACGUGAGUGUGUGUAAUCACUCCUGCUCUCUCGUGCUUCUGGGCGGUGUGUGUUUGACAAGACAACAGUGAGUGAAACACGCCGAAAGUGAUUUCAUGCCUUCAGUCUCGCUCAGCCUGAGAUGGACGUGAGAUUUUAUCCUGCGCCCCCGGCAAAUGUGGGUUCAUGCUCCCUGCCGACUGAUCCAAGUUGCCUGAGCUCGCUGGACUAUUACCACUCGAACAAGGCCCAGUACAGUGUUAGGCUCCGCACAGCACCCCCUACAGGCAUCAACCCAUCUAGGAAAAGACUGGCCAUUGCUAUGUUUGAUGCUGACAACAUGUAUAUGAAUGACAGCAACCAAGAGUUUCGGUCACCAAAUCAGAGCUACUCUAGUCAGGGCAGAGGCAGCGGCAGCGGCGGCGGCGGUGGAGGCGGAGGCGGAGGAGGAGGAGGAGGAGGAGGCACAGGGGACGAAGACUACGAGAUUCCCCCCAUCACGCCUCCAAACCACGUCGACCCUUCUCUACUUCACCUCACAGAGCACGAGUCGGGCUACCCCUUCCACUCUCUGCCUCACAACGGCUUGCUCAACACCUACUCCUAUCCCGAGCUGCCUGCCCUCAUGAUGUCCAACAUGCUGGGUCAGGACACUCACCUCCUCUCUGGGCCUAUGCACUCGAUAAGCAACGAGAAGCGGAGCGCGGCAGAAAUGAUGAAGCCCAAGCCCAAACCUCAGAAGAAGAAAAAGAAGAAGGACCCCAAUGAGCCCCAGAAGCCUGUGUCAGCGUACGCGCUGUUCUUCAGAGACACCCAAGCUGCCAUCAAAGGCCAAAACCCCAAUGCCACUUUUGGAGACGUCUCCAAGAUUGUGGCCUCCAUGUGGGACAGCCUCGGGGAGGAACAGAAGCAGGGCUACAAGAGGAAAACUGAGGCAGCUAAGAAAGAGUACCUGAAAGCGUUGGCUGCGUACCGAGCCAGUCUGGUUUCCAAGACAUACAAUGAUCCUGAACCAAAAAGUGCCCAGCAGACCAGCCAACCCUCUCACUUGCUGCCCCCCAAACAGCCCCUGUACAGCGUGCCCCCUCAGUCUUCUUCACCCUACCUGGGCCCCCCAGGCUCCUUCCCCCUCUCCGAGCUCCAGAGCUAUGGUGGGCCGCCGCGCCACGCCCUGGGCCCGACCCUCAGCCAGUCCCAGAUGCUCCCGCCCAGCAUGAGUGCCUCUCCCCCAGCACCCUUCCAGAUCAGCCCGCCUCUGCACCCACACGCCCAGCUCUCCUUGCAUCUGAAUCAGCCAAUCCGCAUGCAGCAGUCGCAGCCAAUCAUCUCACACCAAAUGGGGCUCCAGGCGCCUCUGCAUUCCCCGCCGCUCAGCCAACAGGGAUUCUCCCAUCUUCAGGCUGAUUACCAGAACAGUGUCGGGGGCUCGCAGUCCCCAGGGGCCCCCAAUCCAGUGCAUGGGCAGAACCCCGACUGGGAUGGCGAGUACUGCAACAGGGAAUGUGGAUCCAACCACUGCGGCAGUGGCAUGGGAGCCCGGGACAAGCCUCUCUACCUCACUUGAAGUUAUAUGACCUCCACAUGUCAGACUCCAGAGAGAUUUCUAACAUAACAACAGCAUCAUUGAUGUAUCUGCUUUUUAUUCAUUUUGUUUUUCUUUUUUCUUCUUCUUCUUCUUCCUCUUCUUCUUUCUCUGAUGGAUUUUGAAAAUCCCAAAGACUGCUACAGUACCACCUUUUUGCCAAGCACUUAAUCGGCCACAAGCCCAAGGCACUUCCUUUGCUUUCUUUUUUUUUUUUUUCCUCCUCCUGGUCUGUGAACAUUGCUUUUGGAGGUGGCGGUGAGCUUUAAGCUCAUGCCGGCAUACUGGAAAUGAGGGCCAAAAAAAAUGUCCUCUCAUCUUGUUUUGAUGUUUUUUGUCUUUUUUUCUUAAUUAUUUUUAAAUCGCUUUCCUUUUCACUCACUUCCUCUCUGUUUGCCAUGAACUAUCCUUAUUAGGAAGAUGAAAUGCUUAAAGCAUACUCAAAGGUAGAAAAUGUAAUGCAGGAAUAUAGAAUAUAGUUGCUUCAUGAGGGGUGGACGUACUUCAGGACUUUCUGAAACAUCCCCGGCUGAAGGGAAAGCAACAUUUUAAUGCUGGUGUCG